AUGGGCAGGGGCGCGCUCCAAGGCUCAAAGCUGCGCCCACCACACUCUCCCUGCACUCGCUUCAGCCCAGGCCGACUCCGGUUUGCGCCGCGGGACUACCGCUCCAGCUGCAGCGCCCGCAGAGGUUCCAGUGGUCGCCGUUCCAGAGCCAGCGAACAGAAGCCUCCUGCUUUACUCUCGCGAGAACAGAUCCCGGGACUCUCCGCGAGCCGAGAUUUUACCCAAUAUGGAACCUGCCUGUGGGCGGGGUUGCUGAGGGAAGAGGAUGGGAGGAGAAAUUCUCGCGAGAAGAGAGCAACAGCUGGUCACCAGAGGCAGGAACCCCGGGGAACUGCUCUUCUUGAGGGCGCGAAGGCGGACCCAGGCAAGAGGUGGUCAAGCGGCGAACAUUUGCCGCGUGCGCCCCACCGUGGUCGGCGGGGCAAAUGCCUAGUUCCCCGGUGGAAAGCGACAGUGACUAAUAGGGUGUCGGGAAAGAGCCAAAGGAUCUUUGAACUACCACAGCAGCCGAGCACCCGCUUAGCGGAACCUCCAAUUUCCAAGAAAUAUUGCAUAAAAAAGAGGUUCUGGCCAGAAAGCCGUUGCAGUCUCAUCUGCUCAAGGACAUAUGGCUUACUCUUCGGAAUUCUGACGAAAUCUGCCCCGAAGGGUCGUCGGGAGACUUUAGUGGAUGACUUGGACGUGAAGUGCAGUGCGCGAGGCCUGGCCUCCAGCAGGCCUUCAGUCAAGAGUACUCAAGAGGUGCAGCUGGGUGACCCAGAGAAGGGGCCGGCGCGGCCCAGAGCCCCCGCUCUCCGCCCCCGGCUCAGCCGCCUGGACCUCUUCCUCGGCCCCGCUCCGGUCCCCCGCCCGCCCGAACGCCCGCGGGCUCCGCCGCAACGGCUCAGGAACCGCCGGCGUCCGCGUCCACAGCGUCGCCAGCCCGGCCGGAGCUGCGUCCGAGACCAGCGCCCGGCCCGGCGGGAGCCAGGCAUGGUGCACCCAGAGAGGAGCUACCAGGGCUUUGGCUCUAGAUAUAGACAGAAUUCCUUCACGUAUGAUGUGAAGCGGGACGUGUACAAUGAGGAGACUUUUCAUCAGGAACACAGAAGGAAGUCAGCUUCCUCUGGGAACGUGGACAUCAACAUCACCACCUUCAGUCACCAUGUCCACUGCCGCUGCUCAUGGCACAAGUUCCAAAGAUGCAUGCUUACAGUAUUUCCCUUCCUAGAGUGGAUGUGUUUGUAUCGAUUCAAGGAUUGGCUUCUUGGAGACUUACUUGCUGGUAUAAAUGUUGGCCUUGUGCAAAUUCCCCAAGGUUCCUUCUUCCUUGUGAGUGCUCUGACCAUCAAUGUCCUGAGGAUGUACCCAUUCAACAGUGGCCGCCUCAUACUGGGAACUUUCAUCAAAGAUGACUUUUCUGACAUCUCUUUCUUUGAGAAAUAUAACAGGUCCCUGAGUGUGGUGGCAUCCACAACUUUUCUGACUGGGAUUAUUCAGCUAUCAAUGGGCCUGUUCGGUUUCGGCUUCAUUGUCACUUACCUUCCGGAGGCUGCAAUCAGUGCUUACCUGGCUGCCACGGCGCUGCACAUUAUGCUGUCCCAGUUGACAUGCAUCUUUGGGAUUAUGAUUAGCUUCCACUCUGGUCCCAUCUCCUUCUUCUAUAACAUAAUUAACUACUGUCUAGAUCUCCCAAAAGCUAAUUCCACCAGCAUCCUACUAUUUCUAACUUCUGUUGUUGCCAUGAGAAUCAACAAGUGUAUAAGGAUUUCCUUCAAUCAGUACCCCAUCGAAUUUCCCAUGGAAAUUUUUCUGAUUCUUGGCUUCACUGCAAUUGCAAACAAGGUAAACAUGGCCACAGAAAACAGCAAGAUGCUCAUUGAUAUGAUGCCUUAUAGCUUCUUGUUUCCUGAAACGCCAGAUUUUAGCAUUCUUACUGAAGUUCUUUUAGAAGCAUUCUCCUUAGCUAUAGUGAGCGCCUCUCUGCUCGUAUUUCUGGGCAAGAAAAUUGCCAGUUUCCAUAACUACGAAGUCAAUUCCAACCAGGAUUUAAUAGCCAUUGGCCUUUGCAAUGUCGCCAGUUCAUUUUUCAGAUCUUACGUCUUUACUGGUGCUAUUAUCAGGACUAUUAUCCAGGAUAAAUGUGGAGGAAGACAACAGUUUGCAUCUCUGGUAAGCGCAGGUGUGAUGCUGCUCCUGAUGUUGAAGGUGGGACGCUUUUUCUACCAACUGCCAAAUGCUGUGCUGGCUGGUAUUAUUCUGAGCAACGUCCUACCCUACCUUGAAACCAUGUACAACCUACCCACUCUGUGGAAGCAGAACCAGUGUGACUGUAUCAUUUGGGUGGUGACAUUCACAUCUGCAAUUGCCCUGGGCCUGGACGUCGGACUACUUGUUGCAGUAGCUUUUACCUUCUUUAUCAUCACUGUUCAGUCACACAGAACUAAGAUUCUCCUCCUGGGUCAGAUCCCUAAUACCAAUAUUUAUAGAAGCAUCCACGACUACCGGGAGGUUACUAACAUUCCAGGAGUGAAGAUCUUCCAGUGCUGCAACGCCAUAACAUUUGUCAAUGUUUACUACCUAAAGCGCAAGCUGUUAGAGGAGGUUGAAAUGGUAAUGGUGCCCCUUUCAGAAGAAGAAAUGUACCGCCUGUUUAAUAACGAAGAGGGCUCACAGCGUGGAAAGAUGUGUCGGUGUUUCUGCAACUGUGAUGAAGUGGAGCCACCACCCAGGUUUAUUUACACAGAACGAUAUGAAAGUAAAUGGGACCGGAACUCAUCCUCCAUUAACCUGAUCCGCUGCUCACGCUUAGAGAGCAUGGACACAAGCCAAAGUACAUCCGAUGACCAAGCACCGUAUGUGAUGUCUUCCACAUCCCAGAGAAAUAACAACUACGAGGAGGUGGAGAAAGCCUGGCCCUCUGUUGAUCCCUCUAGAAGCAUCUCGACACUCCCUGAGGUUUCUGAAAGUCAGCUGAGGGAAAGAACACUCCUGCCUUACUCGAGUAUGUCCCUUCUACCUCCUCCACCUCUUCCACCCCAAAUCCACACCAUCAUCCUGGACUUCUCCAUGGUGCAUCUUGUGGAUGCACAUGCGUCGGUCGUAUUAAGACAGAUGUGCAAUGCUUUCCAAAACAUCAACCUUUUGGUGCUCAUUGCGGGGUGUCACUCGUCUGUGGUCAGGACAUUUGAGAAGAAUGAUUUCUUUGACUCUGGCAUCAGCAAGGCCCAGCUGUUCCUCACCCUCCAUGACGCUGUGCUGUUUGCUUUGUCAAGGAAGUUGCCGGACUCCUCCGAGUUAAGUGUGGACGAAUCUGAGACAGUGAUCCAGGAAACCUACUCAGAAACAGAAAAGAAUGGAGAAUCAAGACACAAAAUGAAGAGCAGUCUCACAGGAAUCCCUAGAAAUAAAACUUCAGGCUUUGCUGCACAGCAGGACCCAGUCACAGAGGAAUCAGAGCUGGACAUGGAUCUGUAUCCCACGCUGGAGUCACAACAAGAGACUGGGCCAGAUCUGGACCUAGGUCUGGAUCACCAGAUGGAGCCUGAGUCAGAACUGGAGCCAGAAACUGAACCCGAGCCCGAGACCGAGACGGAGACAGAGCCUGAGUCCAGGCCCAGGGCUCAGGCAUAUCGUCGGCAGCAGUACUGGCCUCUGUAUCAGCCUCCAUCCUCCAGAUCUCCACCUCAGACAUAGUCAGGAGAGAGGAGACAUCAACAUAGGAAUUCUCAUACACCCAAGGGCAACACCACUGGGAUCCCUUGUCGAUUAACUGGGAAUAAGCAGACAGGUUCCCGCAGCAAAUCCUCCCCACCCCAGGGGGCCACUUGGUCUGGAGGCCUGACUAGUGACAGACCAGCUGUACCUGCUUUGGGAUUCUUCCACUUGCUGGCCUUUCUUGCUCAGUGAGCAUUGGGAUCUCACGCCCAGAUCCCAAUACUCAAUACCAAGAAUUAUCUCUGAAUUCCGUACUCAGUCUCACUUCAUUUCACCUUCAACAGAUAUUCCACUGAAGGAUUUCCUCCUUCACAACCCUCAUCUCUGCAUCCCCUACCCCCACCCUGGGCCUCUCUAACUUACUCAUCUCUGUUCCCCUUUCUCCAAGGAGAUGAACCUCAAAUAAAAAUAUGUAAAUCUA